GUCGUUUAAUUUCUGUGAAGGGCAAAGAGAAAAGAGAAGAGAAGAGAGACAAAGUUUUUGUAUCAAAGCUUUGAGAAUCCAUAACAUGGAUAAGCUGAAAAAUUUCGAACAGAUUCGAAAAAACGCCGAAGAGACCUACAAAUCAAACCCUGAAGAUGCCAAUAAUUUGAUGAGAUGGGGAGAAGCGUUACUAGAGUUAUCUCAGUUUCAUAACGUCUCAGAUUCAUUGAAAAUGAUUCAAGAAGCCAUCACAAAGCUGGAAAAGGCCAUUAUGAUUGACCCUAUGAAACAUGAUGCACUUUGGUGUAUUGGGAAUGCAUAUAGUUCGUACGCGCUUUUGACUCCUGACGACACACAAGCUAAAUACAACUUUGGCUUAGCUUCUCUGUUCUUUGGAAUAGCUGUAGAUCAGCAACCGGAUAAUAAAGUCUACCAGUACUCACUCGAUAUAGCCGCCAAGGCUCCAGAAAUACAAAAAAACAGCCUAGUCUCACUGACAUUGGGUGGUGUUGAAGUUGAACCUUCAGCAAUACCAAACCCAAAGGUAGUGAAGAAUAAGAAAAGUAGUAAUGAGAAGUAUAAUGUUAUGGGAUGGGUGAUUCUAGCCAUUGGUAUUGUUGCUUGUAUUAGUCUGCGAAAGCUAAAGUGAGUGAUCAACGUGUCUCAUUCUCGAUAUGAGCUUGUUGUAAGAAAAUCUAUACAGAAGAAUAUGGGCAGAGUAGCCAAAGGACUCUCCUAUGUUUGAGUUUUUUUUUAGGAACUUUUUGUGAGUUUAAAACAAUAAUAAAAGUGGUACCAUUAUAAAAGUGAGUUUUAAAGACA